CUUGAAACUACUUAUAAGGGACUCCUCGAGAAGAAAAACAAAAAGGGUGCAGAGAAAACAUUCGUAUAUGUUUCUCGAGGAACAACUAGUUGUUGUACAGCAGAUGAUCAAGAUCAUAAAAAUGAAGAGUCGUUCCAGCAGAUGGUAAAAAAGCUUCUGGACGUCGAGUCAAACGCGUGGCAUUACCAUAAGAACUUGGUCUUUCUUGUCGAAGGUCGUCGACAACCUCAACAGGAUCAAGGAGAAGGAGUUGAAGUCAGAACAACAACAUCGGCACCAUGCGGAGCAUCUGGUCCGAGCAAGAAAUUGGAUGCGGCCUACGCGUAUGUGGACACGAAAACAAACGAGGGAGGUUUUUUCGCAAAUCUUGGACUAACCGAAGAGCAGAAGGACUUCUUGAUGAAGAGUGAAAUGCAAUUAGAGCCGACUCAAGACCGGCGGAGCAGUGUAAGUGACAUCCUUGUGACAGGAUUCGAGUACGUGCCAUGCUCUUCCGCUACUACGUCAGAGCCCUCCUCGCAGCAGCACUACAAUCUUCGGACUCAUGCAGCGCUUGGGAUUCACCUCUUUUCAGACGGGGUCAAGCGAAUUUUCUCACGUCCCCAAAACACUAAAACCACGACCUUUGUUGUAGGAGCUAUUGCAGGGGACGAGGAGCAGAAGGUCGCGGACGAGGCAACAAGAAUGAAGAUGAUUACUGAACAAGAACAUGCUGGAAAGGUAGCAGAGAUGAUUAAAAAAUUACUCUCACGACACGAGGGCUACCUACGAACAAAGAAGCAGCUAGAGCUUGAGACGGGAUGGUGGAAUCAGGUUGCUCGUUGGUUUCAACGAGGGGAGGGAAGGCGUGAGACUUCGGGACCUGUGGUUGGCGAGGAUCAAUGAGAUCUCAUGAAGCGCGUUGCAGACGAGAGUAGUAGUAUUAUAGUAGACUGACCGGGGGGAUUGAAGAAGCGUAGAGUCCUACUUCUAUCGAAAAAAAUAUACUGACAUCAGACUCCUGGAGCUGGAGUGAGGUCAUUCAUUCACUCACUGAGUCUUUGCUUAACUGCUACAUAGCUCUAGGAGAACAGGCACAACAUGAAUGUGAUGAUUGAUGCUGAUUACUUUUGGCGUUUUGCUGGUGUUUUGGAUGGCUGCGUUACUACUUAUACCCCGUGCAUGUUCGUGGGUAACUGAUAGUGGAACUGGGAGUAAAAAGGAUAUUGAUCGAAAUACUAGAAUGCUGGCGUUUGGAACUGCUGGAAGUAGAGAUUAGACGAUGACCUGAGGACUGAGUUGAAACCUAGUAGAGCAGGUUGCCCAGGAUCUAACCGAACUCUGGAAGCCAUGCUCUGUUGCGUUAUCUUCGUUUUUUAAUGGGAAUUUCAAACUUUUCAUAACAGAAACAGGAGGGUUAGAUAGCGACGCCGUCAGUGCUGAGGC